AUGCCAGCGCGGAAGAUAUUCGAGCUCCUGGGCGUCGCUAUUUCAGAUGGCUGUGCUGCCCGUCUCGGACGACUGUCCAUACCUGGAAGAAGGCCGAUUGAGACUCCGAGCUACACUGCCAUCACAUCUCGUGGCGCCAUUCCUCAUCUUACGCCUGAUAAUGUGACCAGGUAUACCAAUUGGGGUGCUGCCUACAUGGCAUUGGAAGAUUUCGUCGAACGAAAGGAACCACCCAUCUACAACACCCCUGAGCAUGAUACACUCCGCCGUCUGCACAAUUUCACAGCCUUAGCAUCAGACAGAGCCACCAUUCUGGGAGCAAGGAGAUGCCCUGCAGUUAUAACCCCUAUGGGAAACGGCGCAAAGGCCGUCACACUCUUUACAUCAACAGGCUUUGCAAGUGUCAAUGUGUCGCAGUAUGUGGCAGCAGUCAAGAACCUACAGCCAGAUGUAGUCGUGCCCUUGGCAGAUUCACUCCAUACAAGUUCGACGCCAGCAUCGAAAAAACUCAUCAAGAUGGUAGAACGGACAGAGGAAUGGGUUGACGACUUCCUGCGACAGUUCGAAGGUAGAGCGCAUUUGGAACAGUUGGGCAUUUCGGUAUUUGCGCCGGUUCUUCCUGUGGAACUGCCUCUCCAAUGGGAUUAUCUGAGACACAUCGCCGAAGAUAUUGUAGAUGAAGUCUCGGGCUUGGCGGUAUACGACGUCAACAUUCUGCCGGAACUCAAAUCAUAUGAGCCCCUGGCAGCGCUGCCCAAGCUGUCUUUUGAUCAACCGAAAUCCCCUCAUGACGUUCUGCGCCAAGUAUCUCUAGGAGUAGACAUUUGUGCACUGCCGUUCGUGAAUGGCGUUUCUGAUGCUGGAGUGGCACUCGCGUUUACCUUCCCAGCGCCAGAAGUAGAGACGCCGCAGCCGAUGGGUAUCAACAUGUGGUCUGCGGAUCACAGCGUCGCGGUAGUGCCACUGCAAGAAGGCUGUGAAUGCUGUGCCUGUACCAAUCAUCACAGAGCGUAUCUGCAACAUUUGCUGAAUGCAAAGGAGAUGUUGGGGUGGAAUCUUCUUCAAAUCCAUAACCACCACGUUGUUGAUACAUUCUUCCAGGGCAUUAGGGGCGAAUUGAAGAAGGGGUUGGAUAACUUUGAAGAGCAAAGAAAGAGGUUCUUGGCUGCAUACCUGCCUGAGCUGCCAGAGGGCACGGGCGAUCGACCGAGGGCUCGUGGAUAUCAUUUCAAGAGUGAGGCUGGGCAGGAUAAGAUGAACAAGUCAACGUGGAUGGACAUGGACAGAAAAGCGAAUGGACAUGUUGUAGAGAAUGUAGCCAAUGGGAAAAUAUAG